GGUGAAUAGGCGGGCCGCAGGUGAUCAACAUUGGGCGCUGUGCCGCCUUAUGUCACCGUGUGCCCGAUACCAAAAGUUGUCGCGCCUAGCAGGCACACCAACGUUUGGUUAUGUCUUACGGCAAGGUAGUACCGGUUUUCGGGCGUACAGGUUUAGAUGCGAGCCUGAGAACUUUUCCUGUAUUGUCCAGUCGAAGAUUGGGGUCAUCGUUUGCCUCGCAGCAACAGAACAAGAACACAGAGCAGGCGUAUGACGACUACGCAGUUCCCAAAACAGACAUACACGCAGAUGUCAUUCAACAGAGCAAGAGCCAUGCCUCCAACAACAACAAAAACAAGAUAUCUGUCGAUUUCGAACAGACCAAAGAGGCUUACAAGAGCAAAGACACGGGAGAAUUACUCAGAAGUUUGCUGGUGUUCAAACUCUGCUCCUAUGACAUCCUGGUUGAUAAGAACAAGGAGAUCAUGGAUCUCAGCAAAAAGCUCCUGGGCAAGAAGACGUUUGAGCGGCUCAUGAAGAUGACGUUUUACGGUCAGUUUGUGGCCGGGGAGGACCACAAGACCAUCAGGCCCCUGAUCCAGAGGAACCAGUCAUACGGGGUCGGAGCCGUGCUGGACUACAGUGUGGAGGAGGACCUGACCCAGGAGGAGGCUGAGAACAAGGAGAUGGAGUCAUGCGUGUCAGCGGCAGAGAAGGAGAGCCCAGGGGACACCCAUCGCGAGAAGAAGUACAAGGCCUACCGCAAGUUUGGUGACAGGCGGGGAGGAGUGACCAGUGCCCGCACCUACUUCUACGCAGACGAGGCCAAAUGUGACCAGCACUUGGAGACCUUCCUGCAGUGCAUCAGAGCAUCAGGAGGGAGUUCUGAAUAUGGUUUUUCUGCAAUCAAGAUGACAGCACUUGGACGACCACAGUUCUUGACCCACUUCUCUGAGGUGCUGGUCAAGUGGAGGUGCUUCUUCAACUUCCUGGCUGCCAAACAGGGGAUGGAGGGCGUGGAGGUGCUACAACAGAAACUGGACCUGGGCAAACUUCAGGCCCAUCUGGAGAAGCUGGGUGCCAAGGGUGACCUUCAGAGUUGGUUUACAGGAGAGAAGAUCGGAUCUUCUGGAACCAUUGACUUGCUGGACUGGAACAGUUUGAUAGAUGACAGAACAAGGAUAUCCAAUCUGCUUGUCGUGCCCAACCUGGAGACAGGUCAGCUGGAACCCCUUCUGAACAAAUUCACUGAGGAAGAGGAGCGGCAGAUGAAGAGGAUGCUGCAGAGGAUGGACGUCUUGGCCAAGCACGCGAUGGAGAACAAAGUCCGGCUGAUGGUGGACGCGGAGCAGACGUACUUCCAGCCCGCCAUCAGCAGACUCACACUGGAGAUGCAGAGGAUCUUCAACAGAGACAAGCCCCUCAUAUUCAACACCUUCCAGUGUUACCUGAAGGAAGCUUUUGACAACGUGUCAAUGGACGUGGAGCUGGCGAGACGUGAGGGCUGGUACUUUGGUGCCAAGUUGGUGCGUGGGGCCUACAUGGUGCAGGAGAGGAGCCGGUCGGCCGAGAUCGGCUACGAAGACCCCAUCAACCCCGACUACGAGUCCACCAACCACAUGUACCACAAGUGUCUAGACUACGUGCUGGAGGAGAUUGGGAACAACAGGACCGCAAACGUCAUGGUUGCCUCACACAAUUUGGACACGAUCAAGUUCACCCUCAGCAGGAUGAACGAUCUGGACCUGGCUCCCACUGACAGGAAGGUGUACUUCGGCCAGCUCCUGGGCAUGUGUGACCAGAUCAGCUUCCCGCUGGGCCAGGCAGGUUUCCCGGUGUAUAAGUACGUGCCGUACGGGCCGGUGAACGAGGUGAUCCCGUACCUGGUGCGUCGGGCGCAGGAGAACCGGGGCUUCAUGAAGGGGGCCCAGGCGGAGAGGGACCUGCUCUGGAGCGAGGUGCUGAGGAGGGUGGCCAGCGGAGAGGUCUUCCACCGGGCCGCCUGAGGACCACGUCAUUACACGCACCCAUACA